AACCUCCCCCCCCUUCGUCUGCUUCUGCUGCUUCUUCCUGCUCCUCCCGCAGCCUAGCAGAAGCCGUGCCGGCGGGGCGGGCGGAUUGAUGUGGGGGGGUCUGACAUGAGUCCGCCGGCCGCCGGGUGCUGCCAUGUGACCGGCUUCAAGGUGGAGAACUGGAAGCAGAACCUGAGGGUGAUCUACCAGUGCUUCGUGUGGAGCGGGUCGGCCGAGACCAGGAAGCGAAAGGCAAAGUCGUGCAUCUGUCAUAUGUGUGGUGCCCAUCUGAACAGACUUCAUUCUUGCCUGUACUGUGUUUUCUUUGGCUGUUUUACAAAGAAACACAUCCACGAGCACGCAAAGGCAAAGCGACACAACUUAGCCAUAGACCUUUUGUAUGGGGGUAUAUACUGCUUUAUGUGUCAAGAUUACAUAUACGACAAAGAUAUGGAACAAAUUGCCAAAGAAGAACAACGGAAGGCUUGGAAGCUACAAGCCUUCACCCCAACAAUGGUUUCUCACUACCAGUGUACAAUGACAGGUAUUGGAGAGAAGUAUUCAACGUGGGAGCCAACCAAACGAGAGCUAGAGCUGCUUCGACACAACCCCAAGCGGAGAAAAAUAACUACAAACUGCACCAUAGGUCUAAGAGGGCUAAUCAAUCUUGGGAACACAUGUUUUAUGAACUGUAUUGUCCAAGCACUUACCCACACUCCACUACUGCGAGAUUUCUUCCUCUCCGACAGACACAAAUGUGAAAUGCAAAGCCCCAGCUCAUGUCUGGUCUGUGAAAUGUCUACACUUUUUCAGGAGUUCUACUCUGGGCACCGAUCUCCUCACAUUCCAUAUAGGUUAUUGCACCUGGUAUGGACGCAUGCACGGCAUUUAGCAGGGUACGAGCAACAGGAUGCACACGAGUUCCUCAUUGCUGCGUUAGAUGUGCUACAUCGACACUGCAAAGGUGACGAUAAUGGGAAGAAAGCCAACAACCCCAACCACUGUAACUGCAUCAUAGACCAAAUUUUCACAGGUGGACUACAGUCCGAUGUCACUUGUCAAGUCUGCCAUGGUGUUUCCACGACGAUAGACCCAUUCUGGGACAUCAGUUUGGACUUGCCAGGUUCUUCUACCCCAUUUUGGCCUCUGAGCCCAGGCAGCGAUGGCAGUGUGGUGAAUGGGGAGAGCCACGUGUCAGGAACCACGACCCUCACAGACUGCUUGCGAAGGUUUACGAGGCCAGAACAUCUAGGAAGCAGUGCCAAAAUCAAAUGUAGUGGUUGCCAUAGCUACCAGGAAUCUACCAAACAACUCACUAUGAAGAAAUUACCCAUUGUGGCCUGUUUUCAUCUCAAACGGUUUGAACACUCAGCCAAACUGAGACGAAAGAUCACUACAUAUGUCUCCUUUCCGCUGGAGCUGGACAUGACGCCUUUCAUGGCCUCCAGUAAAGAGAGCAGAAUGAAUGGGCAGUACCAGCAGCCGGCAGAUAGUCUAAACAAUGAUAAUAAGUAUUCCUUGUUUGCAGUAGUUAAUCACCAAGGAACCCUGGAGAGCGGGCACUAUACCAGCUUCAUCCGGCAACACAAGGACCAGUGGUUCAAAUGUGACGACGCCAUCAUCACCAAGGCUAGCAUUAAGGAUGUACUAGACAGCGAAGGAUAUUUGCUGUUCUAUCACAAACAGUUCCUGGAGUACGAGUAGCCUUCUUCAGCAGCUCAAGAGAGAAAUGAAAGGAAGUGAAAUGAAUGGCAGCCUUCUGAAAAGACACACAAACCUACCUGAAAUGAAAAGACACCCAUUCGACAUCUAGCACUGAGCUGCGACAGGACCUGCUUGCCGCUGGCUCGUGGCCUAGAGGAGUAAGAAACGAACAAUGUCCAUCGUGUACGCAGUCCUGCAGGGACAGAAGAGGGGGGGAAUGUAAAAGAGGCUACAGUCAGUGACUUUGAAAGAAGAAAUAUAAUAACGCAAAGAUUGCUCUGGGUGGGGAAAAUAGGAGCAGAGGAAUCCAGGCGCUGGCACAUCUCCCUCCGUUCCUCCAAAAUGUGUGUGGGAAGGCCGGGGGGUGUACUCUCAUCUCCAUAAAGCAUCUUCUCCAUUGGUGCUUCAGCUCCAACUGACCAAUCAUACAACAGUUAUAAUUAAAAAAAAAAAAAGUCCAAGCCCAUUUUUUUUAUGCCUAUGGGUCUGAAAGCAGUAAAAUGGAGGAGAAUUGGGACGACGCAAUGAUAUGGACUUUGCAAGUACCUUUUUAUUUGUGAAUUUUAGUUAUUAAAUAAAUACAGUAUGAAAUUACCGGGCUCUUUGUUUUUCGGCAAGCAUUAAAAGGAAGUCCGGAAAUGCGGAACCGAAGUCGCGAUGCUAUGCGAGGCUUCCCAGCAUGCCUCCUCCUGCUGCUGCUACUGCACAGGUAACCUUCUGACACCUUGGGACUGCUCAUCAAAAGUGUCAGCACUGAUUCUUUUUCUGUCUGAGCCCCCCCUUUUUGUUUUCUAUAAAUAGCUAUUUUCUUAAUUUCCACACCCUUUUGUUCACCCUCCCCACGAGAAUGAAAUUCAUAUUUGCAACCAUCAGUAAAAUGAAUGAAUUGGCGUGUU